UGAGGUGGAGGCACGUAAAUAAACUGAAUGGAUCAUAGUGCAAUCUGCAGUUACCUCAGCGAGCAUUUUUUCAUUGGAUUAUUUUCUCUGGGUGUUGUCGAGUGGAGUUGACUAACAGUUACUCUUUAAAACGGGCUGUCUGAGGAACGAGCUAAACGUUUGUUUCGGACGUUUAGUAAUGUAACAAGCCACAGACAGUAUUGGCGAGUGAGUUACUUCAGUAAGGACAUACCAGGCCUGCCCAGUUAAACAGACAGAACAGAAAACUCGAAUUAAGGAACUGAAUACUACAUAAGACGUAAGAUAACAUUCAUUUCAGACACAAAGCGAACCUGUAUGAGGUUAAUAGAGCUGUUGUGGCGUGCGGUCGUUUCAGGCUGCGUAUUCAAAAGCUAACGUUCUUAAACGUUUUUGGCGCGAGCGUUCGAUCACUCGUCGCUUGUGGGACAGUUUACACAUCAGUAGCGCAACUGUGGCCAAUGCCACCUGCUCACCAAAGCCAACGAUUCAACGGAAUACAAAAGCAGGCCAGAGCAAGUGCGCUAGCCACGUCGCGUGCACUACAGCGGUUCGCGGUCACAAAGAUCUUCAUUAGUCUCGAUGUAUGGUUUGAGUUAAUAUUGACAGAAAACAAGUGCUGAAAUGUCAGAUACUAAUAAAGAAGUAGUGGAUCUGGUGUGGGGCAUACCUAGUGGUGGGGGAGUGCCUGUAUCCCUCUUCCGCAGGUGGUCACAAGGCUUUGUGUUCAGUGAGGCUGAACGCUCUGCACUGGAGCAGUUUGAAGGUGGACCAUGUGCUGUCAUUGCACCUGUGCAGGCUUUCCUGUUGAAGAACGUUUUGUUUAACACUGAAGGCUCAAACUGGAAAGAUAUCUCAGAGGAAGAGCAGAGGACAGUCCUGUGCUCCACCCUCAGUGAGAUCCUGGAGUCUGCCUGUCUCAAUAAGACACAGGCCUUUCACCUGGCCACCUUGCCUCGUGCUAAAACCACAGACAGCAGUGACAUCACUGACAGCCACCCAGAGCCUGAGUCCAGCCAACCUACUGACACACAGACUGCUUUGGCUGCUGAGGAGCUUGGCUUUGAGAGGUUUCACAGCGUCAUACAGAAGAGGACUCUCAGGACUGUUGAAGAGUUGAGAGAGGCGGUGUUGUCACUGUACGACACUUGGAAGAACAAAUUUGGGGUCCUGCUAUUCCUGUACUCUGUCAUACUUACAAAGGGAAUUGAGAACAUAAAGAAUGAGAUUGAAGACUCCUCUGAACCUCUGAUUGACCCCGUGUAUGGCCACGGCAGCCAAAGUCUAAUCAACCUUCUGGUGACGGGGCAUGCUGUGUCUAACGUGUGGGACGGUGAUAGAGAAUGUUCUGGAAUGAAGCUUCGUGGCAUUCAUCAGCAGGCGUCUGUUGGCUUCCUCACACUAAUGGAGUCACUGCGCUAUUGCAAGGUUGGCGUGUUUCUCAAAUCUCCAAAAUUCCCUAUUUGGAUCCUUGGCAGCGAGACUCAUCUCUCAGUAUUCUUUACUAAGGAGAUGGCUUUGGUGGCCCCCGAGUCUCCUUCAGAGCAGGCCAGAAGAGUCUUCCAGACCUUUGACCCGGAAGAUAAUGGGUUCAUUCCAGACACACUGCUUGAAGAUGUUAUGAAAGCGUUGGAUCUCGUCUCCGAGCCAGACUAUGUGAAUCUGAUGAAGAGUAAGCUGGAUCCAGAGGGGUUGGGUAUUAUUCUGUUAGGUCAGUUUCUGCAGGAGUUCUUCCCUAAUCAGGAUUCUGUGAUCCCAGACUCAUUUCCUGUGUAUCACUAUAAUGGCCUGAAGCAGUCCAACCAUAAUGAGAAGGUGAGUUACGUUGAGGGCACUGCUUUGGUCAUAGGUUUUGAGGACCCCAUGGUACGUACGGACGACACCCCGGUCAAGCGCUGUCUACAGACCAAAUGGCCCUACAUCGAGCUCCUGUGGACCACAGAAAGGUCGCCCUCCCUCAAUUAACCUUUAUGUCUCACCUUUCACCUGCCAAGCUCUGGCUACACAACCCGCUGACUUCAGGAACGCUCAUAGGACUCCUCACUCUCUCUGCGCUACAUUUAGGAGGCCAACACGGGGGCCUGAAGUUCAAAUGAGAGACGAUGCUCUUCGCCUGGCACUCACACAAAGCCUCUUGUUUGCUUUUUUACACAUCUCAACCGGCUUGAUUAUUGGGCUAAUUUUGUUUAAAGCCCUGGAGUUGAACAAAAAAGGUGUUUGUUUUUUUGUUUUUUCUAAAUUAUGUUGCUUUCUGUUGCCAUCUGUUGUGAAUACCAAAUGUAUUUGCUUUUGCAGGUGUUCAUAUUAUUUUUGUUAACUUUCUACAUGAUUUUGUUUACUGGUCUGAAAUGAAAAAUCUUUGAAUUAGCACACCAAAUGUGAUGAUCUUAUGAGUAAUUUAUGAAAUUGUUAAUAUAUAUAUAUUUUUUUGUUGUUGUUUUUUUUUCAUUUGAAGUUUCAUUGUUAGUAGUUGUAAAUAUUUAAGGGAUCAUUUGACCAAAGCCUCUGGUUGGACAUAAAGUAUUUGUGUUUGUCAGUGGUCAGCUGAGGAGCUGCCAUGUUCUGCAGCGCUCGGCCCUGAGAGGAAGUCUGUUUAGACAGGUUUACAAAAGAAUGCACUACAACCACAUGCUGGGCACCAAACAUCAGUGGGAAAAUAGGGCAAUUUUAGUAUUUAAACUUUGAAGCUACAACCCUCCAGGAGGGAAUCUGGAAUGACAGGAGGGAUUCUCUGCAUGAGAGACAAGAAGAAUAACACUGACAAAUGCUCACACUUUAUUUAUUCUGAUCCUGAUGGUUCACUAAAAUAAACACUUUUGCUCUUCAUGUCUGGACUGUAACACUACAGUUUGUCUUGUAUAAGAUGAAAUGGCCCUGACUAAAAGA